GAAGAACUACAGUACAAUAAUGAACCCAAUGUGUCCGAUGAAGGCUCAAAUAAUAAAAUCUCUCCUGAUAAAUGCUUCAGUGAUUCCUAAUCGAAUGAAAAUACUUUCAUCUUUUGGUGUCAUUAGGUAUAGAAUGAUAUCAACCCAUAAAUCCAAAAAGAAAAUCAGAGAGUAUUAUAGAUUGUUGAAUCUUGAUGAAGAAUGCUCUGCAGAUGAUGUCAGAGAAUCUUUUCGCAAGCUUGCCAAGCAAUACCAUCCAGACAGUGGCUCUAGUACAGCAGAUUCUGUAAUGUUUAUUAAGAUUGAAGAAGCUUACAGGAAUGUGCUUUCUUAUGUGAUACAACAAACAAAUGCCAGACAGAAGAAAGCUGAUGAUGCAGAAGAAGAAGAUAAAUUCAAAUACAAAACACCCCAGCACCGGCAUUACUUAAGUUUUGAAGGUGUUGGUUUGGGAACUCCAAGUCAACGAGAGAAGCAAUAUCGGCAAUUUAGAGCAGACCGUGCAACUGAACAAGUGAUGGAAUAUCAAAAGCAUAAACUAUACAGCCAAUAUUUUGCUGAUAGUUUAAUUAUUAAAGAUGUAAGAGAGAGUAAAAAACAAAAGAUAACUCAAGCAAUUGAGCGUUUGGUGGAGGAUCUCAUUCAGGAAUCCAUGGCAAAAGGAGACUUUGACAAUCUCAGUGGGAAAGGAAAACCUCUCAAAAAAUUUUCUGGCUGCUCAUAUAUUGAUCCCAUGACUCACAAUCUAAACAGAAUAUUGAUAGAUAAUGGAUAUCAACCAGAAUGGAUCCUAAUGCAAAAGGAAAUAAAAGAUACUAUUAAUCAACUAAGAGAGGGAAUCUUAGCAUCGAGAAAAAAACUUGGGAAUCCAAUGACAACAAUCGAACAGAGAGAGUGGAACCAACUAUGCGAGCAAUUUCAAGAAAACAUCAGAAAAUUAAAUAAGCGAAUUGAUGAUUUCAAUUUAUGUUCCCCUCCUGACCUGGCAGAAAGUUCAUUUUGAUGCACAGAAAGAAAUUAUCAGGGCCCAGAAAAUAUAUGAAACCCUUACAGAAACAAAAGAAGUUGAAGAUAACCCAAAUAUCAUUAAUCAGGGAGAAGGUGAGAAAGCACCUGAAGUCAAGACAAGUUUUUUUAAAUGGAGGAAUUUGUGGAGAUUAAUUAAAAUAUAACCAUUU